AUGCCUAAGUAUCAAAUGCUGUAUACCGAUUAUUUGAAUUUAUUUAAAACAUACGUUGUGGGUGUGUUCCCAUUUGUGCUGUUUGUGAAUGCUCCUCAUGGAAAACUAGCACAGCCGACAGUUUGGUUUUCAAGGGGCUACAUACCAGGUCGUCUCGGCUGGGUACUUAUGGAACUAGUAGCUCCUGUUACCUUUUUAUAUGCAUUGCAGCAAGGAAACCAUUCUCUGGCUCCUGGGUUUGUGGGGGACGUAUGCUUUCGUGACUUGGAUCUAUUUCGUAAAGCGUCGGCCUUUAUGUUUAUGAUCCACUAUGCCAACCGUGCUAUCGUGGGUCCACUCGUCUUCGCUCCUCACGUCUCUCCUAUGCAUUGGACUGUGUUUAUUUCCGCCAUUUUAUUCAACUUCCUUAACGGAAUGUCCAUAGGCUUGUACUUGCUGCAGGCCACGGUGCAACAACACCCAGUCUCCUUGCCUUGGUUCAUUGUAGGAGGACUAAUGUGGCUUUUUGGUUGGAUUGGCAAUUUGUAUCAUGACAAUAUACUGUACGACCUCCGCCGAAGACAACCUGCAAAGCAACAAAACAACGAACCCUCCCAGACUUCCUCCCCUUCCAGUGACGAAGAGGUUAUUUCGUCCUUUCAAUCUCAUUACAAAAUUCCUUACGGUGGUCUUUUCACCUAUGUCUCUUGUCCAAACUAUUUCUGUGAAUGGAUUGAAUGGUUUGGUUGCUAUUUGGCCGCUGGAAUGCAAGCAGAACCCAUCUGGUGGUUCUUUUUAGCGGAGGUACUGUUGAUGCUUCCACGCGCCUACCGUAUUCAUUCUUGGUACCGUUCCCAUUUCUCGCGGUAUCCAGAAGAUCGCCAUGCCGUUAUCCCUUAUCUUUUCUAA